CGGCCGCGGACUGGUCCGCCCGAGCUUCUGGCCGCGGAUUGGUCCGUCGAGCUUCUGGCCGCGGAUUGGCCGCCCUCGCGUGGCGCGCGGCGCCGUCUGCUGCGGAGGCCGUGGGGAGGGGUCCCGAAGCCGCCGGAAGCUCCGCGGGUCCGGCUUCCGGGGCGCGCGCGGGUCUCUGGGGGCUCUGUCGGCCCGGCCUCGUGCAGCUCCCGGGCGGCGCCGAGCCCCUUCCCGCGGUCAUGAGCGUGGGCUUUAUCGGCGCGGGCCAGCUGGCCUGUGCGCUGGCGCGGGGCUUCACGGGCGCAGGCAUCCUGUCGGCCCACAGGAUCAUAGCCAGCUCCCCGGAAAUGGACCUGCCCACCGUGUCCUCGCUCCGGAAGAUGGGCGUGAACCUGACCCGGAGCAACAAGGAGACGGUGAGGCACAGUGACGUCCUGUUCCUGGCCGUGAAGCCGCACAUCAUCCCCUUCAUCCUGGACGAGAUCGGGGCGGACGUGCAGGCCAGGCACAUCGUGGUCUCCUGUGCUGCCGGUGUCACCAUCAGCUCUGUGGAGAAGAAGCUGAUGGCGUUCCAGCCGGCCCCCAAGGUGAUCCGCUGCAUGACCAACACGCCCGUGGUGGUGCGGGAGGGCGCCACGGUAUAUGCCACGGGCACCCACGCCCUGGUGGAGGACGGGCAGCUUCUGGAACAGCUCAUGAGCAGCGUGGGCUUCUGCACCGAGGUGGAGGAGGACCUGAUCGACGCCGUCACCGGGCUCAGCGGCAGCGGGCCUGCCUACGCAUUCAUGGCCCUGGACGCGCUGGCUGAUGGCGGGGUGAAGAUGGGCCUGCCCCGGCGCCUGGCCGUACGACUGGGGGCCCAGGCCCUGCUGGGUGCCGCCAAGAUGCUGCUGGCCUCAGAGCAGCACCCCGGCCAGCUCAAGGACAACGUGUGCUCGCCCGGGGGUGCCACCAUCCACGCCCUGCACUUCCUAGAGAGCGGGGGCUUCCGCUCCCUGCUCAUCAACGCCGUGGAGGCCUCCUGUAUCCGAACACGGGAGCUGCAGUCCAUGGCCGACCAGGAGAAGAUCUCCCCGGCCGCACUCAAGAAGACCCUCCUGGACAGAGUGAAGCUGGAGUCCCCCACGGUGUCCACGCUGACCCAUUCCAACUCCGGGAAGCUCCUGACGAGAAACCCGGCCCCCGGAGGCAAGAAAGAGUGAGGCCACCAGGCCUCCGAUCCCCGAGGGACUGUGCAGGGCCGGGUUCGGCUCCCUAGUGUGUAGGGCCUUGUGACGAAUCCUCAGAUGUGUUCAGGCCGGGCCACGCUGGUUUCCCAUCCCGUCUGUGGGACGCUGCUCCAGGGGUUGAUGCCGGCGGUGGGUGGGGGCGGUCCCGAGUCCCGCUCGGCAAGAAGGUCUGCAGACCUGCAGCCGACGGCUCCUUCGGUCACGUCCUCCAGCCGGAGCCCGAGGCAGGGUCGGCCUGCUGCCGGGUUGAGGACAGAGAGGUACAAACGUGAGCGGGGCUGUUCGCUUUGAGUUACAGACGGGAAAGGUAGGAGCAACUUAAAAUUGUUCCAAUUAGAAAAGUGCGCAGAUAAUUUAACUCGCCUGUCCUAGGUGUCCCAUGGAACAAAGUGUUCUCUGGUUUGCUGUUUAGUUGCUUCAAUAAAGUUUUAUUUUGUA